CAGGAGGAGAGGAGGGCCCCGGGAGAAAGGGGAGGUUGGGAGGAGGGACCGAUAGCCCAUAGCCUGGGGGCUUUAGAGAGGAGGUUUCAGCUGCCUCCGGAUCUACUGCCUGAGCCCUUGAACUCAGUCCCUGGAUAUGCUACAAGGAACGGAUCUCCAUCUUUCCUCCCAGUGACAUCAGUGUGGUCUGCCUCAUCUCUCUGCCUUCUCAGAAACAGAAAUACCAAGAGAAACAUCUCUCCUCCCUCUCUCCACUGCCUGGACACUAUUACAGGACUCCAAGAUCUUUCUGUAAGUGUUUAGAGAUUCCAUCAAGAAUAUACAGAGCAGAACUAAGAAGAGGCAGCGGUAGCCUGAGGGAAAAGAUGUUUCCAUCCUUAGAAAUCUCUAUAUUCUGUUGGGUAUAUUCAACUUCCAUUUGUAUGGGCUAAGAAAGAGAUCAUUCAACAUGAAGGCAGGAAGAUGGAGAAAAUAGCCCUAGCAGAAGCUGUAUGCACUACUGAAUGACCACCUGGAAAAGUAUCAAGAGACAGGGAGAUUUCCCUCAGAAGACCUUCCUCAGGUUGCUUGGGUGACCUUGGCCCCAGGGGAGCCUUUCCUGGCUCCUGGCCUGGUAGGAUGCCCCCGUGUCCUCCACAGCAGAGCAGGAACCGGGCUUCGCUACUCACUGCCCCAGAACUGGGAGAGAUGGAGCUGACUUGGCAAGAAAUUAUGUCUAUCACAGAGCUGCAGGGCCUUGAUAUGCAAAAUGAGCCAACCUUUGAGUCCCCAGUGCCAUAUCCUGGGCCUGCACCUCCCCCUGCUUAUGGACCUUGCCCAAUUCUCCCCGACACUGGCAGCCACCUCACCUCACCCUAUGAGGGUCUCUACCAGGACUUCCCCCCACCUUCAGCUCUAGUUCCAGACUCUCCUUAUGCAUAUGGCAGCUUGGCCCUUCCUGUUUCCAAACCCAUGACUCUCUCAGGACUCCUCAGCGACCCUCUCCCCAAGUCCCUGUCCCUGCUGGACAUGGGGCUGCCUGUGGGACCCACCAAACCUCAAGAAGAUCCUGAAUCUGACUCUGGUUUAUCCCUCAACUACAGUGAUGCAGAAUCUCUAGAGAUGGAGGGAAUAGAGGCUGGGAGACAGAGGGGAGAAUAUAUAGAGAUGUUCCCAGUUGAGCACCCCUACCCGCUCAUGCCUACCUCUCUCGUCCACUCCAACUAUCCUCUGCCACCUCCUGAGACUCACUUGACUUUUGAACCCACGAUGUGCCCUGGAAGGGCCAAACCCUCCGGGAGAGGGGAGUCGGGAAGCAGGGAUGAGCGCAGGGCUUUGGCCAUGAAAAUCCCCUUUCCCACUGAGAAAAUUGUCAACUUACCUGUGGAUGAUUUUAAUGAGUUGGUGGCUAGGUAUCCGCUGAGUGAAAGCCAGCUGGCCUUAGUCCGGGACAUCCGACGGCGGGGCAAAAACAAGGUAGCUGCCCAGAACUGUCGAAAAAGGAAGCUGGAGACCAUUGUGCAGUUAGAACGGGAAUUGGAGAGGUUGGGCAACGAGCGGGAACGGCUGCUCAGGGCCCGAGGGGAGGCCAACCGGACUCUGGGGGCCAUGCGCCAGCAACUGGCAGAGCUCUAUCGAGAUGUCUUCCGGAGACUGCGUGAUGAAGCUGGAAAUGGCUACUCCCCAGAAGAGUAUGCCUUGCAACAGGCUGCUGAUGGUGCCAUCUUCUUGGUGCCCAGGGGAGUCAAGAUGGAGACUUCAGACUGAAUGGGGGAAAUUAGGAGGGAAAAGAAAUUGGAGGUCGCAUGCAUUUCCUUCUUCCCCCUUCUUAGAUGGGUGCUUCUCAAACGUGGUCCUUCCAGACAGAGGUUGGAGAAUUGAAUUGAUUUGGAAGGUUCGGGAAGGACAUCUCUGGGGAAGUGAAGGGUACAACCUGGAAUGCCGUGGUGGUAACUCCAGGAGAGCCUGGUUUGGGGUAUAUAGGAGGUCUGGAAGCUGUUUGCUCCCUUUCUAAUCGUCCCCCUCACUUCAAUUCCCCAGACAGGUCCCUGCAUCGCCAAGGACUCAAAUUAAGCUUUGAAAGAUAAAGCAUGAUAAAAAAAAAAAAAACAAAAAAAAACUUGGUCUUCUUUCACUUUUAUAAUUUGGACAGUGCGGGGCAGCAAUUGAGACUGCUCAUAGGCAUUGUGGGGAGGGGAGAAGGAUAUGGGGGAGUGUUUAGGGGAUGAAUGGAGAACAUACUGGUUGGAUUCUGAGGAAUAGGUCGAAUCUAGUGCCCAAUAACAGGAAGACAAGGUUCUGGAGAUUUAAUGUCUAGCAGUUAUCUUCCCUGUCCCUUCUAGACCAGGAGAUCCUAUUGGUACAGGGGACUGCAGUUGGUACAACUUCCUCCAUCCCCCCACUUCCCAGGAACAUUUCUCCCUUAGAGAACAGAUGAAUUUUUCAAAGCUUAGGGUUGGGGAGUGGGGGGGAGAGGUCAGGGAGAUGGGAAAAACGGCAUUAACAUAUGCUAACUUUCCUUAUCCACAAAAGUCCAUAAACCUGUAUUCUAAUGAAAUCAGUCCAGGGCCAAGCUGUAAUAGAAAGCCCAAAAAUCUAAUAGGCAAGUUUUAAGUUAGACCUCACCAUGAAUACUGAUCCUUCCUAAAAGAGGAGUGAUAAAAUUCUCAUCAUUUGUGAUGAGCUUGCUCAAUCUGUUCUGCCUAGAAGAAAUGACUGCUCCCUGAAUUCAGACACUAUUUGACUCACACAAAUUAAGAAUUUCAGGAGAGGAAGCUAGUCUAGGACUAUCUCAUGUUCCAAAGAUAUAGGUCAUCCAACUGCACUGUUUAUAAUACAGAGACGACUGUACACAAAUAUGAGAGAGGAAAAGAUUUGUUGUCAGAAUGGAAACUCUACCAAAAAAGCUGGUGGGUAUUAGAGGUAACACAUUAGUGUAGAAAUGCCAUUUAAUAGAAUGGACAAACUAUUAGAUGAGGUAGAGCUGUGUAAAGUGCAAUGAGAAGGGGGAACAAAAGUUGUUCAAAGAAUUUAAGUAUGCACUCCUCCCAUUUCCAAAAGGACUUCAAUAGGAACAAUUAGACAAAACCAUUCAAUCCUUGAAUAGGAGGAUCAAGUUGUUUAAAAAAAUUUUUUUUGACGAAAGCUAGACCAUUCAUAAUCUUGAAACCUCAUCUUUCCUUUUCUCCAUCCUAAAAAUAUCUCUAAGCAACUUGUUUUAGGAUUGAUCAUUACAGCUCAAGAAAUUCUAGGUCCUUCUUAAAUCCACAUCACUGCAUCUUACCCUAUUUCCUUUUUAAAGGAUUGGUUCAGAUGGUGCUCCAUACCAUUGAGUGGCUAUUUAAAGAGAAACUUCUAAUUUUGGUAGCCUCUAUUCCAUUGGUGGCUCCAGAGUGGAGACUUUUGGAGUUGUUGCACCUUGGCUGUAGGGAAUGGAGUCUUGAGUUUGAUUUCCAGCUUCCUGAAAUCUGAUGUUCAUUGAUUUAAAGGGCUAAUUAUUUACUAGGCUAGGAACUGGACCUGUGAUUUUAUUUGUAGAGGGAACUGCAAGAUAAAAGUACUUUUUACCUACCUGACUUUUAAGACCUGUUCUGUGGAUUUCUAGAAGCAAAAUAGCAAUUUAUUCAUGUACAAUAGAAAACUGAACAAGGUUUUAUAAUAAACAUGUAAAUAGCACUAUAUGCUA